AGAAGUUUCAGAUAUAUUCAUUUCUGAAGAAAAGCAUAGAAGCAGCAAAGAGAAAGAAAGUAAUGGCAAUUAGAUUCAUAUCCCUAUGGCUUUCACUCUUUUUCAUAUCUCUCUUCUCUUCUACCCUCUCAAUUCCCAGAAUCGGGCCGGCCUUCCCUUCUUCAAUCAUCAGAGCGGAGCAGCAGCCAUCGUUUGCCACUUCAAACCAGCCUUAUAGAAUCAAGUUCUUCACUCAAAUUCUUGAUCACUUCAAUUAUCAUCCGCAGAGCUACCAGACCUUUCAGCAGAGAUAUCUUAUCAACGACACCUUCUGGGACGGCCCCAAAAACAAUGCUCCGAUCUUCGUCUACACCGGCAACGAAGGAGAAAUCGAGUGGUUCGCUCAGAACACCGGUUUCAUGUUCGAGAUAGCGCCCCAUUUCAAAGCUCUUCUCGUUUUCAUUGAGCAUAGGUUCUAUGGAGAGUCUAUACCUUUUGGGGGAGACAAGAACGCAGCCUAUAAGAAUUCAAGUACGCUUGGGUUUCUGAGCUCUACACAGGCUUUAGCAGACUAUGCAACUCUGAUAAUCGAUCUGAAGAAGAAUCUUUCGGCGCAGGAUUCGCCAGUUGUGGUGUUUGGAGGUUCUUAUGGUGGAAUGCUGGCAGCUUGGUUUAGGUUGAAGUACCCCCAUGUCGCCAUUGGAGCCUUGGCAUCAUCAUCUCCGGUCCUCUUCUUUGAAAAUAUUACGUCUCCCUAUGGCUUCAACGACAUCAUUACUAAUGACUUUCGGAGUGAGAGUGAGAACUGUUACAAAGUGAUCAAAGGGUCAUGGCAACAAAUUGAAGACACUGCAAACCAACCAGGGGGGCUGGAGGUGCUGAGGGAAUCGUUCAAAAUAUGCAAAAAUUAUAUCAGUGCUAACUAUUUGGAAGGAUGGCUUCAAACUGCACUUGUAUACACUGCCAUGACAGACUAUCCAACUCCCUCCAAUUUCCUUAACCCCUUGCCAGCUUACCCCGUCAAACAGAUGUGCAAGGCCAUUGAUGAUCCAGCUUUGGGGAAUGACACUUUUGCCAAGCUGCACGCAGCAGCCAACAUCUAUUACAACUAUAGUGGUGCUGCCAAGUGCUUUGAUCUGGCUGAUGAUUCUGAUCCCCACGGUCUUGGUGGAUGGCAAUGGCAGGCUUGUACGGAGAUGGUGAUGCCAACUGAUGGGAACAGCCAGGACAGUCUGUUUCCGGCGUCAUCGUGGAACUACAGCGAAAGAGUGGCCAUCUGCCAACGGUUCUAUAAUGUUCAGCCCAGACCCACCUGGAUCACCACCGAGUUCGGCGGCCAUGAUAUAGAGAGGGUUUUGAAGCGGUUUGGAAGCAAUGUCAUCUUCUUCAAUGGCCUCAGAGACCCCUGGAGUGCUGGAGGGGUGCUAAAGAGCAUAUCCAAGAGCAUAGUGGCCAUUGUAGCAAAAGAAGGGGCUCACCAUGUGGACUUGAGGUUCUCAACAAGUGAAGAUCCAGAAUGGCUCAAAGAUGUGAGGAGCAGAGAGGUCAAGAUCAUCUCACGCUGGCUCUCCCAAUACUAUCACACCUUGGAGACUGCAUUUAACAUCAACUAAUUGUAUUUGCCAUUAUAUUAUGAGCCUCUCUUAUCUCCCCAAUUUGACUGCAUUUAAGCUCUAAUAAAAUCAUUAUACAUUUACAUAAAUCAAAAUAUUUCACUCAAAUCCCCAAACCCCUUCUCUCUUCUCCUAUUUUUGGGGGCAAUGUGAGCAUACAUGACUGCUACACUAUCAUCAUCGUUAUUUCCGAUUACAAUCGCUCUUAUCCUCAUUUAUUAUUGUAACUGCUACUAUCAUUAUCCACUCUGUUACGCAUUGUUUAUCAUUUCA